AAAGGGUAUCUACUCCUAAGUUCAUCUCUUGCUGUCUUUCACAAGCCUCUCUCUCUCCAUCUCUGUCUCUUUGGGUAUGACUCUGUCUCUCUGGUAAACCUUCCCAAGCAAAGAACAUGCUACCUGGCAUGCCCAAAACUCACCCCCAUCACGCCCUGAUUGGUAUUACUGAGUAGCUUUAAUGGCUGGAAUUAGGCUUUCAACGCUAAAGUCAGUUUAUAGUUCCAUUAACCCUAAUUCAAAGCUGCAGCCAUUUAACCCGUUCACAAGUUGUACAAGAUGUGCUAAUCAAAGUCUUAUAAGAUCGUUAUGUGCUUUUUUAAAUCAAGAUUACUGCAAAGGAGAAUCUAAACUCGCUCAGAAUUUGGAAAAUGCUCAUCCUAAAAUUCUGAGUUAUGAUUCUUCGGUUGUUACCCAUUGUUUCAAAGUCAAAUCCGUAUUCUCAAGCGCAUCAUCACCCAAUUCGUGCUUUGGAAGAACUGUUCCUUAUAUUUCAGUAAGCUCCAUGUUGAGCUAUCGAUCACUUUCAUCAUCUUCUGGUGGCAAAGUCGACAAAACUGGGUCAGUUGAAAUUUCUGCUGCUUCUAGUGGGAGUGAUGUGGAUGUUGGUAACGGUGGUGAUGUUGGAAUUGACUGGAUUGAGAAGGUUAGAGACUCUUGGCGAAGUGCAGUGGAUGCAAUGACUUAUACUGGACAAAAGACUAAAGAGGUCUAUGAUGAAAUGAUCCCCUAUGGUCAGCAAUUACUUGAUUCACAUCCUUAUCUUAAAGAUGUGAUUGUUCCAGUUGGUUAUAUUAUUACUGGUACCAUAUUGGCAUGGGUAGUGAUGCCUAGGCUCUUGAGGAUGUUUCACAAAUAUGCUAUGCAAACUCCUGCUUCUUUGCUAUCUAGAAGCUUAUCUGGCGCGCCGGUUCCAUAUGAGAAAAGCUUUUGGGGUGCUUUAGAGGAUCCUGUGCGAUAUCUAGUUACCUUUAUGGCAUUUUUAAAAAUUGGCAUGAUGGUGGCACCAACUACUAUAGCAUCUCAGUACAUGGCACAGGGAUGGAGGGGUGCAAUUGUUCUUUCUUUUGUAUGGUUUCUGUAUCGGUGGAAAACAAAUGUGUUUAGCCGUGCAUUGGGUGCUCAAAGUUUAUCAUUGGUUGACAAAGAAAGGAUGUUAACUCUUGAUAAAGUUUCUUCUAUUGGUCUUUUUGUUAUUGGUUUAAUGGCCUUAGCUGAGGCGUGUGGAGUGGCUGUGCAAUCUAUUUUAACAGUGGGUGGCAUAGGAGGAGUGGCCACUGCUUUUGCUGCUAGAGACAUUCUUGGUAAUGUGCUGAGUGGGUUAUCUAUGCAGUUUUCAAAACCCUUUUCACUUGGAGAUACAAUAAAAGCUGGAUCUAUAGAAGGACAAGUGGUGGAAAUGGGACUUACUACCACAAUGUUACUCAAUGCUGAGAAAUUUCCUGUCUUAGUCCCAAAUUCAUUGUUUUCUAGUCAGGUAAUUGUGAAUAAAUCCCGUGCCCAAUGGCGUGCUAUGACCACUAAACUUCCUGUGAAAAUUGAUGAUUUGGAAAAGAUACCUCAGAUAUCAAAGGACAUAGAAAGCAUGCUAAAGUUGAACCCAAAAGUUUUCUUGGAAAAGGAGGCCCCAUACUGUUUCUUGUCUAGAGUAGAAAGCUCUUUUGCAGAAUUGACUAUUGGAUGCAAUCUUAGACACAUGAGCAAAAAUGAACUGUACUCCACGGAACAAGACAUUCUUUUGCAGUCAGUCCGGAUACUAAAGGAACAUGGUGCUAGAUUGGGUAGUACCUGGCAGGAUAUAACCUCUCAGUGAUUUUGCAGAUAAAUGAGAUUCUUUAUGCUGGAGUUUGGACACUUGCCUCCCUAUAGUUGCUGCAACUUCAUGGAGCUUUGCAAAGGCAUGAAUUGAAAAUCAUUAUAAUGUAAAGGUAGACUUGAGGCUAGCUGAAGUAGACAGAAUUUAGGUGUUAUAACUCAUCAUAUCUUGUGCAGAAGAAACAGGGAUUGGGCAGAGAGAGAGAGAGAGAGAGAGAGAGAAGGGGAAAAAAAAAAACAAAAACACAAAAACAAAAACAAAAACAGCAAGUUUUAUUGAGAGUUGUAACUCAUCUGUCUUCAUGAUUUUCCAAAUUUUUCAUUACAGUGGAUCUCUAUAAAUAGGGUGGUAGCCAAAUCCUUUUAAGCGGUA